AUGGAAAACAAAUGCUGUCUAAUAGUGCUUGAUGGCUGGGGGUAUAACGAAGCCGAGUCUCCAGACAUAAUAGAUGGGGUGCUGCUGGCUAACCCCAAAACUAUGCGAUCCCUUUGUAACACGUACUACAGUACACUAUUGUAUGCGCAUGGUGCGUAUGUUGGUCUUUUAUCAGAUAAUGAAAUGGGUAAUUCAGAAGUAGGGCAUUUAACACUGGGAUCAGGCCGAGUGAUAGUUCAAGACAGUGUAAGGAUCAGAAACACACUGGCAGGAGAUUCUUCAUCAAUUGCUGCCAAGCUGUUUCCUAGUGACAUAGACUCUGUCUAUAUAUUUGGCAUUCUAUCAGAUGGUGGGAUACAUGGGCAUUGGCACAAUAUUCGAGACAUAGCUAUAAUUGCAUCUAAGCAUUGUAAGAAAGUAUACGUUCACAGUGUAUCAGAUGGAAGAGACACACAGCCAGAGAUGUAUCUAAAAUAUCUUGAUGCAUUUAUAGAAAGCGUUCCAGAUAAUGUUUGGAUAGUUUCUGUUUCGGGGAGAUUCUAUGCAAUGGACAGAGACAAGAGAAAUGAGCGAACUGAUGCAUACUUUAAUGCAAUAACUACUUCAAAUACGAAUGGUAGUGCCGAAAAUAUAGAUAGAGAAAAGUGCAUAGAAGGAAUAAGAGCACACAUUGCCAGCUCAUACUCGCAAGGAGUGUCAGAUGAGUUUAUAGAGCCUGUGUGUUUUGCUGGUUGGAUAGAAAGCACGUUUCCUGUUAUUAUAACAAAUUUCCGUGCAGACAGGAUUAGACAAAUAUACAGCAAAUUCAGCCAAUACACAGCAACAUACACAAUGACAAGGCUGUACAACGACCAAGAUGCAUCGAGAGUAUUGUUUGAGCGGCCUUCUAUAAGCGAUGCUCUUGGGGACAUUAUUGAAGAAAAAGGAAUGCGGCAGGUAAGAAUUGCAGAGAGCGAAAAGCAAGCACAUGUAACCUUUUUCUUUGAUGGUGGAAAGGACAAAAGCAGAAAAAAUCAGCAAAUAAUUAUUCACCCCAGUAAGAAGGUUUCUACAUUUGAUUUGGCGCCAGAAAUGGAGGCUUCUUUGGUGUCACAGUCCAUUCAGGAUAGUAUGGCAGAAGGAAUUGACUUUAUUCUAGCCAAUUUUGCUAACUGUGAUAUGGUAGGCCAUACUGGAUUAGUUGAGCCAACUGUGGCUGCAGUAAAAUCUGUAGAUGAACAGAUACAUAAUAUAUAUACAGCAGCAAAAAAAUAUAAUUACAAUCUAAUAAUAACUGCUGAUCACGGAAAUGCAGAAAUAAUGAAGAAUAAAGAAGGUGUGGUUAAAUCACACAGCAGAAACAGAGUGCCACUUAUAGUUAUACAAAACACCCUGUUCCAAGACACUCUAGUCACCACUGGAGACGACUUUGUUUUUAAAUCAAGCCAUAAUUAUUCCCUAAAGGAUGUGGCACCAACCAUACUAGACAUUAUGCAGAUAGAAAAGCCAGAUUCUAUGACUGGGCAGUCUUUGAUAGCCAGUUUGCACACAAAUUCAGAUAAACUUGACGAACAUUGUACAAAAUAG